AUAGUUCCAUUAAUGACUCUAAUACAACAGAAACUAACAGACUCAUUUAGGUUUCUCAAAGUAAAUAGAUGAGGCAUUGAGGAGAGGAAGGAAAUGAAUAGGUCCUCACACACCAACACCGAAAAAACAGAUAAUAGCAAUGAUCUGUGACUGUUUUCUGAGAACAUUAAAGUGAAGAGAGAAACUUUUGUUACUAAAACUUUUGUUAUUAACUUGGUAAUAGGCUCCAUCUGUUGCAAAAACAGAACUUACCUGUUAUUUAAUUUUGUGCUUUAUGCCUUUAGAUAGAUUAAAUAAAUAGGAACAAUCCAUCAGCAUGAGUAAACAAAAAGGACAUGCGCAAUCAGAUUCAUGCAAGCUGCUUCUCCUUCUGUAGGAGGAAAACUGAAAGGUCAUUAUGCUUGUUUUAGGGUCAUAGUAGGCACUUUAGUGGCAUCAGAAUCAAAUAGUUUCCAGCUUUUAUGUUUGUCUUACCAACCUCGGUUGCUAUUAUCAACCUGUGUGGGCAGGUCUUGGAAACUGCCGAUUUACUUUCAGAAUGACGCGCAUCUUUAAGAUGUCCAAACAGGCAGGCAUGAAUAGCUUUAACUGAAACAUGCCCCCCUCCCCUAAUAAAGCCUGUCACAAAAACAGUAUAUAGCAGCUUGAAUCCGAAGUGAAAAGAUAGUGUUUAUGAAAGUGAGAAGGCACAAAGAGAGAGGAGGGGCCAAUAAGGUUAGGUUUUACUCAGCAUUCAGUACACCCACUGUCAGCACACAGUGACCGAGUGAGGAAGGAGAAGAGCUGUCUCGGCUUUCUCAAUAUCUCACUGUGAAAAGGAAAAAAAAGAGUUUCUCAGUGUUUUCUUUUGGACAUGUGAUAAUAUAACUGCGUGGAAUUUGUUUUAGAGGAUAUACUGAGAAUGGUAAUGUGAAUAACAGCAGGUAUUACUAAGUAGAAUCUCAUCUAGUUGGAGCUACAAUGUCAUCCCACGUCAAACUGAGGAGGGACAGAGUGGUGACAGCGGACUAUGACACACAGAUUAAAGAGGUGCGUUUGCAGCUGGCGGAGCAGUUGAGGAUAUUUGACGGUCAGGUGGAGCAGAAGACUCAGGUGUUUCAAGAUCUGGUCGAUUAUUUGCGCAGACGAGGCGAGAUCGAGGGAGAGUACGCCCGCUCGCUGGACAAGCUGUGUGACAGGUUCUCCUCUAGAACCAGGAAGAAGGAGCCCAGCCAUCAGUCAGUUGUUAACUGCUGGCAGGUGUUGUUGACACAAACACGUCAGGAAAGCAGAGAUCACAGUUUCUUGAGUGACAGUUACAUCAACAUUCUGCCUCAGCAGCUUUCACACUGCGUUGAACAUGCCCAACGCCUGGCCAAACGGAGCAGGGACAUUUAUACCCAGUUACAGGAUGGACUCAUGAAGGUCACCACAGAACUUCAUACGACCUUGAAGACAUAUUACCAAUACUAUUCUGAGUUCCUGUCCGCAGAAGGCAAACUAAAGGAAGCAGUCAGACUGGAGGAAAAGCAAAAACAAACUGCUUCUAAAAAGAUGGAACGACUAAUAGAGAAAAGGCAAAGUAAAGUUCAAGAAAUUCAGCUUAAGAGCACAAAAGCACGCAAUGACUACCUGCUCAACUUGGCUGCAGCAAAUGCAUGCAUGAACAAAUACUACCUUCAGGAUCUUUCCACUCUCAUAGAUUGCUGUGAUCUGGGUUACCACCAGUCCAUAUCCAAGGUGUUCCGUUUUUACCUGAGCAGUCGCCAAUGGGGCCAGCAGAACUUGAGCUCUGGGCUGCAGCAGUUGGACACAACAGUCUCAGAGCUGAACCAGAACCAGGACAGAGACGCUCUCAUGCAGGCCAACAUCUCAGCCUUUUGCCUGCCCCUGCGCUUUCAGUACCAACCCUAUGAAGGCGACCAGGUGGUUGAGGUGUCUGCAAAGUGCGAGAUGAUGAGCGAGCUGGUGACUCGCUUCCAGCAGUUGCAGUCUAGGCUGUCUUCUGUCACCAUGGAUGUUGAGGAGUCCGGCAAAUUACUUCAGUCUGCCCAAAAUUCCAUGCUGGAUGGUAUUGUUGAGGACACCUUUGGAUCCACCCCAGACUUUCCCAGCAGCCUCUCAUCAGCAGAGAGCAACAGUGAUAUAUCAGCCAGUAAGAACAAUCAGCUGAAGCGCAGAGCCAGCCUUCCAGAUACUGAGAGUUUGUAUUUCUUGAAAGUCAGAGACCAUCUAUGCAACAGCUCUUUAAUAUCAAAACUGGAGGCCAAACAUGACCUGCUAAAGGUUGCCAUUCAAAAAGCUGAAAGUUUUAAUGUAGCCCCUUCCAGAACAUGCUCCAAAAGAUCCGUGCGUCGUAAAAAGAGUAACCCCGGUGCCCAGAUCAACCAGAAGCUCUUCACAGGGGAUUUAAUAUCAUACAUCCAAGCAUCAGGACAGAUCAUUCCUGCAGUGGUGGAAAAGUGCAUUCGGUUCAUCAACCUCAAUGGCUUACAUCAUGAGGGAUUGUUCAGAGUGCCGGGAUCUCAGAUGGUGGUGAAUCAAUUGAAGGAUGCGUUUGAGAAAGGCGAUGACCCCCUUGCUGAUGGGGAAUGUGACAUGGACUCUGUGGCUGGAGUGCUGAAACUUUAUUUUAGAGGAUUAGAGAAACCCCUCUUUCCGGAGGACACUUAUGACCAACUAAUGGAAUGCGGGGAAAUAGAUGACGAAACAAAAAAAGUAACACAGCUGAAGUGCGUCAUCUCCUCAUAUCCUAACACGCUCAUCAUUGUCAUGAGAUACAUUUUUGCAUUUCUUCACCACGUCUCCCAGUACAGUGACGAGAACAUGAUGCAGCCCUAUAACCUGGCAGUGUGCUUUGGACCCAGUCUAGUGAGGGGGCCAAAUAAUGGUGAUGCGUCAGAGCUUCAGCGCAUCAAUGCCCUGGUCAAGUGUAUCAUUACUCAACAUGAGAGCAUUUUCCCUAGCCAGAAUGAAUUACCCGGGCCAGUGUAUGAAAAGUGCAUGGCAUUGGAAGAAGAAGACUGUGAGACUGUAACAGAGGAAGGAGAUGGAGAAUCAGAGCAAUCUCAAACAAAAGAAGGAAAAGACGAGCUGCAAGGAGUGGCCUUGUUUAACUACACAGGCCGUUCUUCAGCCGAGCUGUCCUUCAAAUGCGGGGACCGUUUCAUCCUCUACAGCAAAGCCUCCUCUGAUUGGUGGAGAGGGGAGGUGAAUGGGACAAAGGGGCUCAUCCCAAAUAAAUAUAUAAGCAUGCAAAGUGCGGAUGGAGGCCAAGAUCAGAAAGGGAAGGAAACUCUGAAAUCCAGCUGUGGUAGACAGCAGACAGAGGAAGAGCUGAAAGCAGAGCAAAAUACACGGCUCAACAAGGUCACAAGUAACAAAGCCGGGGUUGGACCCAGCCAUGUCACUUCUGGAAAGGUUUCGUUACAAAUACCCAUAGGACAAUAUAUACCGACAGGAAAUUCUCCAGGGGCUCUGCGGAAAACAUUUGACCCUCAAACGAGACGAUCCACUACCGAGGGGGGAAGCAGAGAGGAACUCUCAAUAGAAGUGGAUAAGGAAGUGCAUCACAUGAUGCACUCGGUGUUUAAGGAGCUUCUUGUCCGCCAAUCUUCGCCGGAUAAAAACACAUCUACGUCCACAGAGACAACAUCCCCUGUGCAAACACCUUCGAAUAGAGGACUGGGGUGGAAAGGAAAGGGUUUAUUUAGAUCAGCUGAUGUUGACUGAAAAAACUUGUAAAUAAAGUAUAGAAACACAAGAAAAUUUAGGUGAAACAUACACAUGAGUGAAUGCUCAAUCUCUGUGUAUGGUAUUUUUGUACUGUUAAGGUUGGUUUAAGAGGCAUCAAUCCAUCAUGUGAAAUCUGUUUUAGUUUUGAAUCCGUGUGACUGAUAUAUAAUGUACAUUAUGUUGCCAUUUUCUUUCCUACAGUCUCAUUUGCACACUUGUAACAAGCAACUGUUCUUCUGUGCGAAUAAGAAUAUAUCAGGCCUACAGUAAGGGUCUCACAAAGGGUCUUGAUCCACCAUGUAAAACUUUCAGGACAGCAAGUGUACCUUUGUUUGGAGAUUAAAUGGUGCGAACAUGAAAGAAGUUUGUAGGAUACCUUAUUAGUUACUUAAGGUGUAAAUAUGACCAGUACCACAGCAUUUGUACCCAAAGUGUUCACAAAUGGACCGUACCCUUUUUUUUUUUCAGAAAAAUGAAAAACGAUUUGCAAAAACAAUAUUCAAAAGAUAUUUUAAACCAUGUCUACACAAAUACACUUGGAUAAACAUAGCAUAUAAUGAUUUAUAAUUUAGAGUUGUGGUGGGGACAAAUUUAGUUGGAAAUCACAUACACGUCAUUCCCCUGUGUGUUGUUGUCUCGUCAUAUCUGUACACAAUAUCACUCUCUUUCAGAGAGUUGUCGUCACUUGUAACUUGUCAUCAUUGUAACUUGUCACAAUGGCUUGUGGCCAGUUUUGUUUACUGUUUAUGACUGUUAAUUUUGGUAUACCUUUCAGGGAGUAAGGGUAUUUUCUGCAUACAUUUUUCACAAUAAAUAAUCUCUUACAGCA